GCUUGCAGGGUUUGUUCUUAUGAAGAGUUUAUUGCUGUCGGGGGAUGGACAUCGGCAAGGGCCUUCCGGCCAUCGAGUGCCAUAGGGCCCUCCAAAUAUGGAUCAUUGAGAACCUGAAGAUGAUGACGGUACCUGAGAGGGCUUACGGUCACUUCUUCGAGGCACACUGCUACAUCGUCCUCCACGUCCCUCAGAGCCCGAAGGCCACCCAGGGGGAGUCCAGCGACCUGCACUACUGGGUGGGUGAGGCGGCGAGCGCGGAGGCGCAGGACGCAGCGGCUACCCUGGUGCAGCGUCUGCACGAGGCGCUGGGCGACAGGACGGUGCAGCACCGCGAGGCGCAGGGCCACGAGUCCCACUGUUUCCUCAGCUACUUCCGCCCAGGAGUCAUCUACAGGAAGGGAGGCCUUGGCUCUGGCCUUAAGCUCGUGGAGACCAACAUUUACAGCAUCCGGAGACUGCUGCAUAUCAAAGGCAGGAAGCAUGUGUCGGCCACAGAGGUGGAGCUUUCCUGGAACAGCUUCAAUAAGGACGACAUCUUCCUGCUGGACCUAGGCACGGUGAUGGUCCAGUGGAAUGGACCCAAGUCCAGCAUCUCUGAGAAGGCGCGGGGGCUGGCCCUGACCUACAGCCUCCGGGACAAGGAGCGUGGUGGUCGUGCACAGAUUGGUGUGGUGGACAAUGAGGCUGAGGCCCCCAACCUCAUGCAGAUCAUGGAGGCCGUGCUGGGCCGCAGAGCAGGCGGCCUGCACGCUGCCGUGCCCAACAAGAGUAUGAACGUGCUGCAGAAGGCCAGUGUCCGCCUCUACCAUGUCUACGAGAAGGGCAAAGACCUGGUGGUCCAGGAGCUGGCAACCUGCCCACUGACCCAGGACCUACUGCAGGAGGAGAACUGCUACAUCCUGGACCAGGGGGGCUUCAAGGUCUACGUGUGGCAGGGACGCAGGUGCAGCCUCCAGGAGAAAAAGGCUGCCUUCAGCCGGGCAGUGGGCUUCAUCCAGGCCAAGGGCUACCCGAUCUACACCAACGUGGAGGUGCUGAACGGCGGCGCCGAGUCGGCCGCUUUCAAGCAGCUCUUCCGCACGUGGCCUAAGGAGCAGGGCAAGAACAAGAAACUCGGAGGGACAGGUAAACUGAUGCAAGUAAAGCUGGAUGUGGGCAAGCUGCACAGCCGGCCUGAGCUAGCGGCGCAGCUCAGGAUGGUGGACGAUGGCUCUGGGAAGGUGGAGGUGUGGUGCAUCCAGGACUUAUGCAGACAGCCCAUGGACCCCAAGCAUCAUGGACAGCUGUACUCAGGCAACUGCUACCUUGUCCUCUACACCUACCAGAACCUGGGCCGCAUCCAGUACAUCCUGUACCUGUGGCAGGGCCACCAGGCCACCCCCGACAAGGUCAAGGCCCUGAGCUACAACGCCGAGGAGCUGGACCUCGUGUACCAUGGAGCCCUGGUGCAGGAGCACGUGAGCAUGGGCAGCGAGCCCCCCCACUUCCUCGCCAUCUUCCAGGGCCAGCUGGUGGUCUUCCAGGGGGGCACUGGGUGCAACGGGAAGGGACAGCCAGCACCUACCACACGGCUCUUCCAUGUGCGAGGCACGGACAGCCACAACACGAAGACCAUGGAGGUGCCGGCCCGCGCCUCAUCCCUCAGCUCCAGCGACGUCUUCGUGCUGCUCACCGCUGACGUCUGCUACCUCUGGUUUGGAAAGGGCUGCAGCGGUGACCAGCGAGAGAUGGCACGGAAGGUGGUCACUCUCAUCUCCAGGAACAACAAGGAAAUAGUGCUGGAGGGUCAGGAGCCUCCCCACUUCUGGGGGGCCCUGGGGGGCCCGGCUCCCUACCCCAGCAAUAAGAGGCUUCCUGAAGAGGCCUGCAGCCUCCAGCCACGACUGUUUGAGUGCUCCAGCCAGUCGGGCUGCCUGGUCCUCACCGAGGUGGUGUUCUUCAGCCAAGAGGACCUGGACAAGUAUGACAUCAUGUUAUUGGACACCUGGGAGGAGAUCUUCUUGUGGCUCGGGGAAGCAGCACGCAGCUGGAAGGAGGCGGUGGGCUGGGGCCAGGAGUACCUGAAGACCCAUCCAGCAGGGAGGAGCCCAGCCACGCCCAUUGUGUUGGUCAAGCAGGGCCUUGAGCCUCCUACCUUCAUUGGAUGGUUCCCCGCCUGGGACCCCUACAAGUGGACCAACAGCCAGUCCUAUGAGGAGAUGGUGGAGGGCGGCCUAGGAGCAGUAGCUGACAUAAUCAAGGUAACAGCGGAAGUCAACAACUUCCGGCUAUCUAACCCGCGGGGGAAUGGCACAGCAGGGCCCGUAACCCUGCCGGCCCUCAAGGGUCCCCGGGACAGCGCAGAGAAUGAGCUGGGCUCCAAGGCAGGCAGCACCAGCAGCUACUCCAGCAGCAACAGCUCCAUUAUCAGCGGGGCCCUGCCCCGUGAGCGGCUCAUGUACCAGGCCGCCGAGGACCUGCCGGAGGGCGUGGACCCGGCCCGCAAGGAGUUCUAUCUGUCAGACUCUGACUUCCACGAUAUCUUCGGGAAGUCCAAGGAAGAAUUCUACAGCAUGGCCAAGUGGAAGCAGCAGCAGGAGAAAAAGCAGCAUGGCUUCUUCUGA